AUGGGGAAGGUUAUUGCGAUCAACGAAACUCAUUUAUACCGCAAGUACGAGGGCGUACUGCUAAGUGCGGUUGCAGAAGAUACGGAGAACCAUAUUUAUCCUAUUGUAUUUUGCGUCGUUUACAAGGAGAACGAUGCAUCUUGGAUGUUAUUCUUUGAGAAGCUAAAGUCUAUUGUGGUCGAUGGACCAAAUUUGUGCUUAAUCUCCAAUAAGCACAAGAGCAUCGCCAAUGGCAUCGUGAAGGAGUACAACCAUGCUCAUCAUGGGUACUGCAUGAGGCACCUAGGUGAAAAUCUUUGGGUAAAUCACUACUAUGGAGAACACCUCCAUCUAUUCUACAAUGCGGAAAAGGCAUAUUCUCCCGACGAGUUUAGCGACCAUUUUGUGGAAUUCAAGAACUACUGUCCCGAGGUAACGUUUUUCCUCAAGCAUGAGCUUGGUUUUGAGAAACUGAGCAGGGCACAUUUCCUCGACAACAGGUUUGACGUGCUGACCACAAAUAUUGUUGAGUCGAUGAACACUAUAUUAUUUGCCAAAAGGGAGUACCUCGUGGCAUCCAUAUUCAAUUUGAUUGCUAAGAGGUUUGGUGAAAUAUUCAAGGAGAGGCAUGCCUACAUCCUCAAAUAUAAGGAUAAAAAAUUUGUUCCCACCGGCAAAAAGAUCUUAAAAGACAAUAUGAGCGAGGGAGACUCCUUCUAUGUGGAGAACGUAAGCGGGGACGAAAGGCAAUUCGCAGUGUUUGGUAGUGGCUGUACGGCCAAAGUCGACCUACUAAAAAGUUCGUGUUCUUGCAGGAAGUUUGACCUGGUUAAAAUUUCAUGCGAUCACACGAUGGCUACUUUGCGAUUGAAGCACGGUGAUGAUUAUGGUUUGAGAGUCUAUGAUUACUCUUUGCCUGUGUAUAAAGUUAAAGAGUACCUCCUUGCGUAUUCGGAAUCAAUUAAUAUUGUCAUUUUGGAGUCUGAAUGGUGCAUGCCACAAGAAUUGCUAGAUUGA